AUGGUGAUUUGGGGGACGCUGACAUGUGUCAUGGGUGUCGUGAAAGACUUUAAGCACCUCGUUGUAUUACGGACGUUGAUAGGUUGCGUUGAGUCUGGUUUUGCACCAGGCAUACUUCUUGUUAUCUCUUCCUGGUACAAGAAAACCGAACAAUCGAAGCGAUUUGGUGUCUAUAUUUCCGCCGCCGUAUUGUCCGGUGCGUUUGGUGGAUUGAUAGCUGCCGGUAUUGUCGGUGGCCUAGAAGGCGCACACGGCAUUAGGGGAUGGCGAUGGCUGUUUAUUGUUGAGGGAGCUGCUACUGUAGGAUUCGCAUUAAUAAGUUUUUUUAUACUUCCUGAUUUUCCCGCCACAACUAAGCGUCUAUCCGAAAGAGAGCGAUACGUCGCCAUUGCAAGAUUGGAAUCAGACAAUGUCACGGCCAUGACGGAUGGUGGCGAGCGAUUGAGUCCAUGGCAGGCUAUCCUGGCAUCAAUGAAGGACUGGCGGACAUGGAUGUUCGUUAUUGGAUACAUGGUCAUUGUUGGUGCCAGCACGCUUUCUUACUUCUACCCGACUCUGGUCAAGGGUCUUUUCGGCGAUGCCUCCACCAUGAGAAUCAACUUCCUUACAAUCCCCAUCUAUGCAGUAGCAUUUGUCUGUACUGGCAUCACAGCAUAUUUCAGUGACAAGAUUCCUUUGUGGCGUGGUGUUGUCAUUGCUGCCUGGCUGACAUUCUCCCUUGUAUGCUCGAUCGCUGUUUGUGCGGUAUAUAACUAUAGUGCUCGAUAUGCUCUUCUUGUCCUCAUGGCAGCCGGUUUGUGGGCAACCAAUGGAGGUACACUUGCCUAUGCCUCCUCGGCCUUCGCAGAUAUGCAGCCGCAGGUUAGAGGUGUCAGCCUAGCGCUGGUGAACGCGCUAGGGAACCUAGCCCAGAUCUAUGGUUCCGUAUGUAUUUGCUUAUCAAUCCACAGACUAAGCUAUUGCUAA